AGACCGGACGUAAGUUCUAUUUUUCUUUUUUUUUUUUUUUUUUUGUUCCGACCGUCUAGUAGCAGCGGUGCGCGAGGAAUACUUGUACGGGACGAGGAGAAGAGGCUGAAGACGUUGUUGUCUUGUGGCACACAGCCUUUGGGGACCGACGCCGUCCACAACACCCACAGUAGUCAGCUGAAUUUGGAGACCCCCUGUGAGCGUCUAUUUGAUCCGAUCCAGGAUGUCUGGACAGAGCAUUACUGACAGGAUCACCGCCGCUCAGCACAGUGUCACCGGCUCGGCGAUUUCCAAAACCGUGUGCAAGGCGACAACGCAUGAAAUCAUGGGGCCAAAAAAGAAACAUUUGGAUUACUUGAUUCAGUGCACAAAUGAGAUGAAUGUGAACAUACCUCAGCUGGCUGACACGUUGUUUGAAAGGACGGCCAACACCAGCUGGGUGGUUGUCUUCAAGUCCCUCACCGCCACACACCAUUUGAUGGUCUAUGGCAAUGAGAGAUUUAUACAGUACCUGGCUUCAAGGAACACAUUAUUCAACCUCAGCAACUUUUUGGAUAAGAGCGGUCUACAAGGCUACGAUAUGUCGACGUUCAUCAGGAGGUAUAGCCGCUACCUGAAUGACAAGGCUGUGUCCUACAGACACGUCGCUUUUGACUUCACUAAAGUGAAAAGAGGGUCUGAUGGAGUAAUGAGAUCCAUGAACACAGAGAAACUUCUCAAAACCAUCCCCAUCGUCCAAAAUCAGAUGGAUGUCUUACUUGAUUUCAAUGUCAACGCCAAUGAACUGACAAACGGGGUGAUCAACGCAGCCUUCAUGCUUCUGUUCAAAGACGCAAUCCGACUGUUCGCAGCCUACAAUGAGGGCAUCAUCAACCUCCUGGAGAAGUACUUUGACAUGAAGAAGGCUCAGUGCAAAGAAGGACUGGACAUUUACAAGAAAUUCCUCACGCGAAUGACAAGAAUCUCAGAGUUCCUCAAAGUUGCAGAGCAAGUUGGAAUCGAUCGAGGGGACAUACCAGACCUGUCUCAGUUUACAGUUUGCGCCCCCAGCAGCCUGCUCGAUGCCCUGGAGCAACACUUGGCCUCUUUAGAGGGGAAGAAAGUCAAAGACUCAACAGCAGCCAGCAGGGCUAGCACCCUCUCCAAUGCCGUCUCCUCCCUGGCCAACACUGGCAUAUCUUUCACCAAAGUGGACGAGAGGGAAAAACAGGCAGCCCUGGAGGAAGAGCAGGCUCGCCUGAAGGCCCUAAAGGAGCAGCGUCUGAAAGAGCUCCAGAGGAACCCCGGUCUAGCAACCACCGACAGCUCCCCUGUGUCCAGCGUGGGCGGGCCCAUCAACUCUGCUCCUGCCAUCGACCUCCUCUCUACACCCAGCUCCAACGACAGCUCGUCCAAGGCAGCCAACUCCCUGCUGGACCUCCAGCCGGCUUUCCAGCAGCCCCUGCCUCUCACCACCGUCAACACAUGGAGAGAUCCUUACAAUCCCUUUCUUGACUCGAGCUCUUCCCUGGCGUCUGAUCUUGAUACCACACAGAUAGAGACAAAUAUUGCAGGGUUUUCAGCUUCCCCACCGCUCCAGCAGCCGCAGAACGCCACAGGUCUGAACGUCGACUUUGACUCUGUAUUUGGAAAUAACACCAACGGCAACAUGGAUCCUACAGACGUUUUAGGUGGCGUCCUCAAACCCACAGUGGCGUCUUCACCGAGUCAGGCCGUAACCCCGAACGGACAGCAGCCACACAAACUGGUGUCCAACGACCUCGACUCCUCACUCGCCAAUCUCGUCGGCAAUCUUGGAAUUGGGAAUGGCACAAUGAAGAAUGAUCUCCACUGGAGUCAGCCCGGUGAAAAGAGGCUGACCGGUGGCACCAACUGGCAACCGAAGAUGGCUCCUUCUACCACCUGGAACCCUCCAGCGAUGGCGCCAUCUGUCAUGGCCUUCCCUGCAACCACACCAACGGGCAUGAUGGCAUAUGCAAUGCCUCCUCAUAUGGGCUCCAUGAUGAUGACACAGCCCACGGUGAUGUACAGCCAGCCCGUGAUGAGGCCAGCCAACCCAUUUGGACCCAAUCCAGGUGGACAGAUGCAGUUUAUGUAAACAAAGUGGGAGGGGAGCAGGGUCUUUCCCGUCUGAAGAUGACUCACGGCAAAGCCAGCUAUCAAAGCGAACCUGCCGUUUGCUUCUGAUGAACUCGUCUUUUUUUGAGAAUGAGACAUUAUAAAUAGAACCACAAUGACUCGGAGCAGCUCUGGCCACCUUGGCGAGGCAUCACAGUGGAACCUGUGCCCAUCUAGUCUUGUCAUAGAGGAGCUGAGGAGCGCGUCCUGCCAGUGAUCAGCCCCUAAUAUAUCAUGGACAAAGAGCAAUGGCACCCAAGAGAUAUCUAACAUCACUAUUUUAUGUACUUGGGGAGGGGGGGGGGGGGACAAGCCCAUGCACACUAUUUGCUACUCUUUCCACGCUGGUCACCUCUUUCAAAUAUCGAUCAUCGAUACCUUUUUUUCAGAACAGAUUAUGAAAACCAUUGCAGGCUGUUUAUACCACACAUUUCAUUUCUUUUCAUGUAUUGUUUGCAGUAGACAUUCCUUGUGUAUUAUUUGUAUUUAUUUAUGAUGACCAGAGAGGAAAACAUUACUAAAAAUAAAAAGGAGAUAUCACACCACUGAGAUCCUGUGAUUGCUUCUGCAGUCACUUUAAUUAAAAAAAAAAAAAGAAAAGAAAAAAAAAAGACCUGUAACUAGUCACUGACCACUUUCUGGAAGAGCUUCUUCAGGUUUAUGCGUAGGAAUGAUUGAUUGUAGGACCGAAUUUUGAGUGAGAUGAUUUAAAAAAAAAAAAAAAAAAGUUAAUAUAAAAAGAUUGCUGUAAGGAAAUUAAAUAUUCUCUGUACUCGCAUGAUGCCUUGUACAGUUUGCCGUGACUUAAGGGGGGACAACGUAAUAAUGGACGAGAAAACCAUCAAAUUGGUGGAUUAGGUUCUAAAAACACGGAACAAUUUUUUAGUUUGGUCGCUACAGAUGAGAGACCAGUGAAAGAAACGUUUUGGAAAGGAAUCUGCAUUUUUGCCUUUGUUGCUUUUGGCAUGCCAUUUAGUCUUUCACAAUGCUCCUGUUUGACCUUUUCAACCUUUUUUCACGCUUGGUUCAUAUUUUCAUUGACCAUUUAGGGUGAUAUUGGGAAGGGAGGGUGUGGGAGGGGGGGCAUCAGGUGCAUAUUUGGGUCCAGACCAGUCACGGAGAGGUCCGGCUGUUCAGGUAGAAUAGAGCACUGUUGAUCAGUGCUGGAUGUAAAACUGAUCCUGCCACUCGCAGUGAGAUCGACAGGUGUGAAAGUGAUCCUGAAUGCAUCAGCUCAGACAUAUGUGGUACAUUACCCCUGCAGAUGAUACUUGUUUUUGAUUUUCCAAUAAAGUGCAAGCUUCCACAGA